CCGCUCCGUGCGCCGGCCGGCGGUAGGCGGCGAUCGCGGCCGGGGCGGGGUCUCCAGCCGGCCGCGAGGAGCCGCGCCAUGGCCGCUGCCGCCCGCUGGUGCUACCGGGGGGAGCCCCAGAGCGCCCCGCUCGUUCAAUUUUCAAAUGGAAAACUGCAGAAUUCUGAAAACAUGGAUUUUACUUUAUACAAAAGCAAAGACACGACUAAUCCCAGAAAGAAACACCAAAGAAUCUUGACUUUGGAGACAGACAGGCUUUCUUAUGUGGGAAAAAACUUCGGCUCAGGAGUCUUGAAAUGUAACUCCCUCUGCAGGUACUUUGUCGGUGUGUUAGAUAAGGAUGCUGGACAAAUGGAAGUCUAUAAUGCUGAAUUAUUCAACAUGCAGCCAUUGUUGUCAGAUGAUUUAAUAGAUGACAACCCAUCAGAUUAUCAGAAUAAAUCCUACAGAGAAAAGGUGGAUUCGUGUAUUGAAGCCUUCGGCACCAACAAGCAGAAGCGAGCCCUGAACUCUCGAAGGAUGCACCAAGUUGGCAGUGAGACUUUAAAUGUGGCUGUGACAAAAGCAGCAGAAAACAUCAUAGAGACAAAAGGUGUUGCUGCUUUAGUCAGUGACGCCGCUCAGGAUGACAUGCAAGAUGUCUCCCUCUUCCUACCUCCCUGCCAGGAAGAUGCUGACAGACCAGAGAACAUCUACAGGUUUGAGGACAUCCUCUCCCCUGCUGAAUAUGAAGCGCUGCAGACUCCAGCUGCAGCUUUCGUUAGCAUUACUCCUGAGGCGAUCCUUAAGAAGACAGAAGAGAAAAGCCAUUGCUCCUUCGUUCUAGAAGAACUGAAGUCCAUGCCUCCAAGUGAGGACAGCUCGGACCAUAAGGCACGGUGCCUGUGGUUUCUGGAUGUCCUCAUCAAGUUCAGUUUCCAGAAAGUGAUUAAGAAGAAACAUGCAAUGGGCCCCGACUGUCCACACAUCAUUAACAGCAAACUCAUGAAAAACUUCACAGCCCUGACGUACAACAAUGGCAGUAUCCAGAAUUUAAUCUCUGCUUCGAUGAAAGCUAAAAUUACAGCCUACGUCAUAGCCUUAGCCUUGCACAUUAACAACUUCCAAACAGACUUGACUGUGCUACAGAGGGACAUGAAACUCCGUGAGAACAGAAUACUGGAGAUCGCUAAAGCCAUGAGGCUGAAGAUCUCCAAAAGGAAGGGGCCGUCAGGACUCGCGGACGAUGAAGACCACAAGUUAGCCACCCUCUCUCUGCCCUUACCUGUGUACAAGCCAUCAGGGAGCCAGCGGAAGCGCAAGAAGAUGAAAUAAAGGAAUACUGUGCACAUCUCACUGAGGAGAACGCAGGCUGAACGGACAGGGCAGGAGCCUCUGCAAGAACAAAGCUGAUGCCGGUUUCCUGAUCCCACUUGAAAUCUGAGCUCCUAGAAGGGCUGUUUUGCCAGACAGUGGAACUGGACACGGCUGAUAAUAAUGGGUUUGGCUGACGUUCAUCUCUGUAAUCGGUCCUUUUUGAAAAUAAACCAAAACCCUCUCCUGCUUUCUA